AUGAUGAACAUUCCGCCUCCACCUCCAAGGUAUCCUGGCGUUCUGCCAGGUGCCGCCGCCGGACUCAUGAUUCCUCCUCCCCCAGGGCCGCCGCCUGGCAAUGCUCUCAGUCAGCAAACGACGUGGCAUGGCAACUACGGGAAGCUCUACGAUGCUCGAAAUGGUCUCAACAUUCCCCCACCGCCUCCUUCUGGGCUCCAACAUCAACCCUACAACCCAAAGCUGCAUGCCCAAAUAGCAGCCGCCCAUGUUAUAGCCAUGCCCCCUCCGCCCCGACCGAACGAUUCCAUGAGUAUGAGUGCGACCUACAUUCCAACAGGUGGGACAUAUGGUGAAGGGGUGGGAAUUCCCGGUCUAGGUCCGAGCGAUCCCUCAACGUCACAAAGCUCUUGGUACGAGACAAGCAAUGCUAGGCCACCGACGGAUGAUGCGAAUGCCAGAGAUCGGCUUUACCAGUCGAGUGUUUCUCCAUUCGCUUCUACCGGUGCUGCUGUCAGCACAGUACCGCUCGAGCUAGCUGCUCAGUGGCCACUUGACACCGUCUUGAUAUGGCUUGCGAAAAAUCAAUUUUCCAAGGACUGGCAGGAGACCUUUAAGAGCUUAAAUCUAUGCGGGGCUCAGUUUCUGGAACUUGGCAGCAUGCACGGUGGGCGUGGAAACUUUGGCAUGAUGCAUCAAAAAGUAUACCCGCGCUUGGCUCAAGAAUGCUUCAACAGCGGUACAGGUUGGGAUCAGACUCGGGAGCGCGAGGAAGGUAAGCGCAUGCGUCGACUCAUCAGGAGCAUCGUCACUGGCAAACCUGUCGACCCGUCCAAGAUGGUGAGCAGCCAUAAUCGAGCCAGCUCGGUCACCGCUCCAUCUGGCAAUAAUGCUUUGGAGUCGUCUGAAUCACCCAACACACCCUUGAAUUCGGCUGGAACAUCCGGGAGUGGCAGCUUCGCCGCUCGUCAGUUUUCCCAGAAUCGCUCAACCACCAUGCCCGCGCUCGGCAAUGGUCCUACAAACCCCGACUCCGAUCAUCGAUUGGGUCUGAAAUACAUUGACACAGACGGCAGCCGGAAGCUCAGCUCUACUGACAAUGCGAAUGCCGAAAGCGGAACGUCACGUGGAGAAACAGGACGUAAAGACAGUCCGCAUGGCAGUCCCGUGCCUCAGCAGCAGCUUCUCUUCUCAUCGGCGACGGCACCGGUACUGUCCACAUCGCCAGCAUCUAGCAAGUUUGGCCAUCGCUCUCGAAACAGUGUGGACUCAAUCACCUCCAACGCGGCCAUCUAUGGAUCUGGCGUCCCUGCCGAUGCUGCUACAAUCUUUGGCAGGGGAUUGACUACCGCCGAAGCCAUAGCAACAUCUCGAACUCAUGAAUUGCGCCCCCGUCACUCGCCGCAAGAGUCGGGCGAUCGAUCUGCCGGAUUGGAUCAUCCAGCGUCUGCAAAGGACUCCAAGAGCUUCUUAAGUUUUUUGUCGAGGAGAAAGAAGCAAAAGGACGAUGGUUCCUUCCCAUCGCCAGAUGACUUUGACCCUCCCGAAUCGCCGGUGGCUACGGCCAAAACUCUUCCUGGUGUGUACGGUGCCUUUAACGGAAGUGAUUCGCAUCUGGAACGUCUGGGCUUCAACAUUGCUGGUCAGCAGAAGGAUCACGUCGCAAUGGCGCAGAGACUGAAACGCACCAACGGCGCCAGGACGCUUGUUCUAGCAACCACCGACCACUGGAAUUAUCGCAUGUGUGACAUCACUGAAGAGGAAUCAGCUUCAGAGAUCCGUCGAGCCAUAUGUGCAAACCUUGGCUUGACAGGUUUCGAACAGUUCUCCAUCUUCGCGACUGAACUGGGGAAAUUUGAUCAUGCAGAAGCACUCGACGAUCAACAGAUCCUUACUGAUAAGCGUGUGAAGGGGGAUUCUAAUGGUUCGCUCAAAUUCUUCGUAUCUCCUAUGAAAGCAGGCAACGCCUCUACCUCCCACCAGGCUCCUGCCUCAUUGUCCCCAGAUUAUAUCCCACCUGGUGUGGAUGAAGAUACGUAUAAUCGCAGCAGGCAGAGGUCGAGCUCAUCACCCCCAUCCUCAAGAGCGAACCAUCCUAGCGAGAGAAUAGAUGAGAAAGCUUUAGCCAAGGAAGCCAGUGAGUACCGAGCGGAGAUUGAGAGGAAGCAACAGGCAUACCUUGCGAAGAGGAAGAAAGCGAACAAGAAGUCAAGCGCGACAGCGCCAGAGGUGGCUGCAGGAUAUGGGAUUGUGGGCCGUAAUGUCGACUUUGAUCAACCCCGCAUCUCACCGUUCGAAGACAAGAAGCCGGAACCCCUCUUGCCGCAGAGACGACCCCCAGCGCCGCCGAGUGAUCCAUCGGCCACACUGAUCAAGGCCAAUUCUUUGAGCCGGCGCCCAGGUCUUGGCACAAGAAGUUCAAGUAGCAGCACGGACAGCACUUCCUCACCAAGGUACCCACUCUCAACCGCGGCCUCAGAGUUCGAAGCUGCAGACAGUCAUCGUAAGACAAAGCACCCACAGGCCAUGACUGGCAAUGGCGGAAUUGGAGCUGCUCUUGUGGGCAUUGGCAGGAAUAUGGGGGCCGUCGGCCAAUCUAGCGCCUCCGGGCUCAAGAUAACGGUCACAAAUUGCGUUGAGCCAUCGUCCGCUUCACCGGCUGGCAAUAGCAGCAAUCAGCAGCAAUCAGCAGGGCCAAAAAGUGUAUCGCCUGGCGUCGUCAGCCCCAGUUCAUCCCGUUCACAGACAAAGGGAUCCACCGACUGUUGCGUCUCAAAGAACAGUUUCGACGAACCGGAUAUGGACUGGAAUGACGGAGAAGUAACAUUCUCGAAACCGCCAUCUCCUUUGAAAUCAUCCGCUCGAUCUGCAAACCCUCCUAAAGACGAUGAUAGCGACGACUCAGACGAUGGCCUGUUCGCCAUUCCUUUAGCGGGGAGAAGUAGGGGCAAAACCGCUGGCGCUGGUGCCAAUACUUCAUCAAACGAACAAUCUGAUGCAGACAAACGGCCCAACCUGACGCUCAGCACCUCACGCAAAAGCAAAGCCCUGUCUGUGUCCUUUCAAUCCCCCCAUUCGCAUGCCAGCACGGGUACCGCUGAGAGCAGUACGGAUGGUGGGGCUAAAACUUGCACGAGCUCUCGGCGAACUCCUGGAACGCCUGGAACCGAUGCAUGGGACUCGGAUGAAAAGGAUACUCAAAUCAGUCGCCGAAAGUCGUUUAUCGAAAAGGACGUGUGGGCCAAUCGCCCACCUACAGACGACUUGCUUAACAAUUUGGACGAUUUCUUUCCGAAUCUCGACCUUGACGAGCCUGUACUGGAGGAGAGUGCGAGCGGAGACUUACCGCCCCUGCCGACAGGCGGCUUUGAAAACCACGACGGGUCUGAUUUCGGUGCUAGCUAUGGAGCUGCUGUGGCAAACGACGCGCCUGCAGACAUGCCGCCGUCUCGAGAGCCAUCUCUUUACAGUGACGGAGAUACCCUGGGCUCGGAUCAGUCAACCCUCAAGGCCGUGGAGCUGCCCAUUUCCAGUCAAACAGUAGCUCAGCGAAGCAUACGGCGGUCGGGCGGAUUGGGCCGAAUGAAGUCGAUCCGGGAAGUUGCGCGAGGCGCUCAUGAAGCAAACAAGCGAUUCACAAGCGUUUCCCAACCCGUGGACAGCAAGUCGCAAGCCAGCCUUAUCCGCCGCAAGAGUACCAAGAUGUUCAAUGCCAACAUUGUUCAAAUUCGACCCGAUCAGCGGGGCAGUAUAGUUGUACCGGAAAUUCCGCAGGAUACAAUACCCAGGAGGCAAACAACAUUCAGGUGGUUCAAGGGUCAGCUCAUUGGCAAGGGAACAUAUGGCCGUGUCUACCUUGGUAUGAAUGCCACCACGGGCGAGUUUCUGGCCGUCAAGGAGGUUGAAGUCAAUGCGAAAGCUGCUGGGGGAGACAAGGCAAAGAUGCGGGAGAUGGUGGCAGCGCUGGAUCAAGAGAUUGACACGAUGCAGCACUUGGACCAUGUCAACAUCGUGCAAUAUCUUGGAUGCGAACGCAAGGAGACAAGCAUCAGCAUCUUCCUCGAGUACAUUUCCGGCGGCAGUAUCGGGUCCUGCCUGCGGAAGCACGGCAAGUUUGAAGAGCCUGUCGUGUCGUCACUGACUCGCCAAACCCUGUCCGGGUUGGCUUAUCUGCAUCGCGAGGGCAUCUUACACCGGGACUUGAAAGCGGACAACAUCCUGCUGGAUCUGGAUGGAACCUGCAAGAUUAGCGACUUUGGCAUUUCCAAAAAGACGGACAACAUCUACGGCAACGACAAGACCAACUCGAUGCAAGGCUCAGUGUUUUGGAUGGCACCCGAGGUGAUCCGGUCGCAAGGGGAGGGCUAUAGCGCCAAGGUGGACAUUUGGAGUCUGGGGUGUGUGGUGUUGGAAAUGUUCGCCGGACGCAGACCAUGGAGCAAGGAAGAAGCUGUUGGAGCCAUCUACAAGAUUGCGAACGGAGAGACACCGCCGAUUCCGGAGGAAGUGGAAGACACCAUUGGACCUCUGGCCGUGGCGUUCAUGAUGGACUGCUUUCAAGUGAAUCCGUUUGAUCGUCCAACUGCCGACGUACUUCUCUCACAGCAUCCAUUCUGCGAUUUUGACCCCAACUAUAACUUUUACGACACGGAGCUUUAUACGAAAAUCAAGGACGCGUACCAAACUACAUGA